AUGGAGAUCGACGGGAUAGAUGAUAUAGCUGCAAAUUCAUCGGAAGGAGGUGUUUGGAAUAGGAAAAACAGGAUGGGGACGUAUUUAGUAUGGGAAGACCUGUCGGUGGUGGUGGCCAACUUGGGGAACAGCCCACCAAGAAAGCUGCUCAAAGGACUUAGUGGGUAUGAAGAACCAGGUCGGAUCAUGGCUAUCAUGGGUCCUUCUGGGUCUGGAAAAUCCACACUACUUGACUCCUUGGCUGGGAGACUUGCAGGAAAUACUAUUAUGACUGGGAGUGUCCUCAUGAAUGGGAAGAAAAAGAGUUUAAACUAUGGAGUGCUUGCCUAUGUGACACAAGAGGAUGUUUUGUUGGGUACUCUGACUGUCAGAGAAACAAUAACAUACUCGGCCCUCUUAAGGCUUCCUGAUUCUUUAAGCAAAGAGGAGGUAAAUGAGGUGGUAGAAGAAACAAUUUUCAAAAUGGGUCUGGAAGAUUGUGCAGACAAAAGGAUAGGAAACUGGCAUCUGAGAGGAAUCAGUGGUGGAGAGAAGAAGCGCCUUAGCAUUGCGCUUGAGAUCCUUACAGGUCCUCAUCUCUUGUUUCUUGAUGAACCAACUACUGGACUCGACAGCGCAGCGGCUUUCUUUGUGAUGCAAACUCUGAGAAACAUCGCAUGUGAUGGAAAAACUGUUAUCUCCUCAAUACACCAGCCUAGCAGUGAGGUGUUUGAAUUGUUUGAUGAUCUGUUUCUCCUCUCUGGUGGAGAAGCUAUUUAUUUUGGAGAAGCACAGAUGGCUGCCAAUUUCUUUUCUGAAGCUGGAUUCCCAUGUCCAAGUAAAAGAAACCCUUCAGACCACUUCCUUCGUUGUAUCAAUACCGACUUCGAUAUUAUAACUGCCGCUCUAAGGGGUUCUUUGAGCUUUCGUGCAAUUCAAGCAUCAUCAGAUCCUCUAAUGAAUAUGGCAAGUUCAGAGAUCAAUAAGAUACUUAUUGAGAAAUAUAAAACAUCAGAAUAUGGAACAAAUACGAGAAGACGGAUUAGAGAACUCUCAUGCAUUGAAGGACCUGUAAUUGGAUCAAACAGGGGAAGUGAUGCUAGCUGGUGGAGACAGCUCUCCACAUUGACUAGGAGGUCUCUCUCAAACAUGUCUAGGGAUCUUGGAUACUACUGGAUAAGGAUCAUAAUCUACAUUGUGGUAUCCUUAGGUGUUGGUACCAUGUAUUUUGAUGUUGGAACUAGCUUUAAUGCAAUCAUGGCUAGAGGAAAUAGCGCUGCCUUCAUAGUAGGAUUCAUGACAUUCCUCUCCGUUGGAGGCUUCCCAUCUUUCAUUGAAGAAAUGAAGGUAUUUUAUCGUGAAAGGCUAAAUGGACAUUAUGGAAAUGCAGUCUUCAUCCUGUCCAAUUUUCUCUCCUCAUUCCCUUUCUUGUUGGCAGUGUCUCUUUUUACUGGCUCAAUAACCUUCUACAUGGUGAAAUUCCACCCAGGGUUCUCUAACCUUCUUUUCACCUACACAAAUCUACUAAGCUGCAUUGGUACUGUAGAAGGCAUCAUGAUGGUUGUUGCUUCAUUGGUACCAAACUAUUUGAUGGGUGUCAUAGUUGGAAUUGCAAUACUUGGAAUUAUGAAUUUGGACUCUGGAUUCUUUCGUUUGCUGCCCGAUCUUCCCAAACUAUUUUGGCGUUACCCAAUGUCAUAUAUCAGUUACACUUCAUGGUCGUUACAGGGACAGUACAAGAACGAUCUGAUUGGGCUCGAGUUUGAUCCUUUUAUACCUGGUGGUCCUAAACUCAAGGGAGAAACAAUCAUCACAACAAUGUUUGGGAUUCCGAUGGAUCACUCCAAGUGGAUGGACUUGACUGCUGUUUUUAUUAUUCUUAUAUCCUGCAGACUACUUUUCUUUGUCAUACUGAAGUUUAGGGAGAGAACGUCACCAUUGUUCCAUACCAUUUUCACCAAGAAAAUACUUCAACAGCUAAAUAGGAGGCCUUCUUUCAAUAGAAAACCAUCCACAAUCAAGAGGCAACCAUCCUUCCCAUUAUCUUAUCAAGAAGGUCUUAGUUCUCCACUCCCUUAGAAACAGAAAUUUCAAGACUUGCUAAAGUUAUUGUGAUCUGUGUUAUGAAUUCAUAUUUUAUCUUCAUAAGAGUGAAGCAGAGGAUGAGAAAAAAUAGACAUUCCAUUUCUUGUUGUAUAGCUUAAACGCUGAGGCAACCAUUCAAAAGUUCAUAGUUAUUGAAAUGCUGUUAGUA